UCACACACACAGCUCCGUCAACGCAGCUCCGGGGUUUUUUGGGGUUGGACUAGCUAGCUUCUUGUCAUAAAUGACAUCAUUUUGAUGUAGACUCGCAUUUCGAGAAAUAUAAUUGGCUGAGUGAAGUAUAUGGAUGGUUACUCAGGAAAUCUGUUCCUGAUUAUUCGAACGGCCCAGGGGUUUGGUGGAAGGGGCAGGAGUUGCUGAGAUCAGCCAGGUUAUUGUUUUCUUUCAGGCUUGCUAGUAAAGUGGUAACGCGCCGUACCAGUGGAUUUUUGGAACAAGCUAAAUUGCAUCAGUGGCAUUUAACAACGGGACUUUCUAGUGACACAUGAGAAUGACCAAAACGCCAGUAGCGACAGCUUCGAGGAGCAUGGGAGAGAAUGAAGUCAGUUGCUCCGGUGCAUUUGCGGAUCCGGCAGUUUGGUCGACAGAGGAAAAACCAGACUCAAACAACUAUAAUGGGGCUAUCAUCUGUGUUUGCGAAAACGCACGUGAACAUGUUCCACAGUUAGUUGUCACUCGUGAGUUGAGCCCGUGCCGUAUUGAACUGAAGGCCAUGAGAGUUGGCGGACUCUCCGUUGGCUCCCAUCCCGAGGAAGAAUCGGUGUGCUCGGACAGUGGGUUCGGGGGCUCGCCUGCCUCGUCACUACUCAGGAAACUGUCGAACGCUUCCUCAUCUAUACUGUCGCCCACCUCGUCUUUCGAGGAUUACGAGGAGGAUGGUGCAAGCAGUAACUAUGAAAAUCACAUUCACGUGACAAAUGUAUCUGCUUGUGUAGAUGAACCCCAUCGGAACACCACAUGGAAGAAACCCAAAACCACAGGGAACCUGCAUGCCCUCUCAGUGCAGCACAAGAAACCACAACAAUGGGUACAAGUGGUUGGACAUGCAGGAAGCUUCCAUGCAGGGGACUGUGGCAUGCUGCUGAAGCGCUUCUGUGAGGGGGAGCAGCGCUGCCUGCAGCGGCUGAUGGAGGACGCCCUGAGGCCCUUCGUACCAGCCUACCAUGGGGUGGUGCAGCGGGCCGAGCAGGACUACAACAUGAUGGACGACCUGCUGACGCAUUUCAACUCGCCCUCCAUCAUGGACUGCAAGAUGGGCAGCCGGACGUACCUGGAGGAGGAGCUUCUGAAGGCGCGGGAGCGCCCGCAGCCCCGUAAGGACAUGUUUGAGAAGAUGGUGGCCGUGGAUCCAGAGGCCCCCACGGCCCAGGAGCGAGCCCAGCAGGCCGUGCUGAAGACCAGGUACAUGCAGUGGCGGGAGACCCUGAGUUCCACAACUACCCUGGGCUUCCGCAUCGAAGGGGUCAAGAAAACCGAGGGGGUGUGCAACACAAACUUCAAAAGGACCAAGAGCAGGGAGCAGGUGAUGGAAGCGUUGAAGGACUUCGUAGAUUGUAAUAUCCAAAUCGUGAGGGGUUAUCUGAAACGGCUGAAGGAACUUUGUAUGGUUUUGGAGACCUCGGACUUCUUCAGAACCUAUGAAGUUGUGGGCAGCUCCCUGCUGUUUGUGCAUGAUGGUACGGGGAAGGUGGGGGUCUGGAUGAUUGAUUUUGGAAAGACUGUUCCACUGCCAACUCCUCUGACCCUGGACCACCGCACCCCCUGGGUGGAGGGGAACCGUGAGGACGGCUACCUGUGGGGGCUGGACAACCUCAUCGAGAUCCUGUCCAGCUUGCUCCCUGUCACCUGAAUCCCAGUCUUAUUACAGAAGGACCCUUCUGUGCCAACCACGCCUCCCCACCAGCACCGUGUCUGAAACGCUCUGGCCCUGUUCCACUGGGUGCAUGUUUAAUGUGCAGACCAUGGGACUUCACUUCUGUGGCGACCUUUGGGAAUACUCGGACCGCUGUAAAUAACUGUUAGGUGUAAGGAAAAGGCAGACAGCCCUACAGUACAGUAUGUGACGGUCAAAGUCGACUAUGAGCACAGCUAGCUGGGAGAUUAACCAAGAUGAAGACAAAUGAAACACUGCCUUUUUUUUUUUUUUUUUGCAGAAAGAAACAUAGCUGACAUGUUUUGAUAAUGAACGCUGUGUCUGUGCUCCCCUACGUAAGCGAGACGGGAGUUUGUGUAGCUGUAGAGACAAAUUUUCAUGGUUCCCUGAGUCAUCUCGCAAGUUUUACUCAUCAUGUAUCAUCUGACUAGAGAUAUGACGCAGUGCUUUAACCCAUGUCAUUUUUCGUACAGAAAUCGAAUGGCUUUAAAUGUAAAUACAUUUUUAUUUGAGAAUGAGCUCUUUUUUUCUUUUCUUCCAGUAAGAGUAUUUUUUUCCCUUCCAUUUUAUCAUACAACAAAGAUGUGGCAAUGUGAUGACACCCAUGUACAACCAUACUUGUGUUAAUACUCAUAGCAUUGAGAGUGAAAGCUGAUCAGUUUUGAAGAGCCUGGAUCAAAGGACUUUUCUGGAUUCAAAUUGUACUGUUGAGAGUAGUUAAUUUAUUCAUUUCUUAGAUCAGACUGUUAAAGUGGAUGCCAUUAAAAUGUGGACCAACUCA